AUGCAAAAGGAAAGAAUGGAAAAUCUAACAACUACUAGAAAGAUUGCAGGUAAAAGAGAUCGCAGUCAACAACGAAUAACAUUCUUGAAGUCCUUGUGUUAUUUGUUGAAUAUCACCCCAGUUCAAUUACUAGAAAGUGUUAAAGAUCGGAUAUGUGGAGAUAGGCCUUAUUUUGAUUUUUCACAGGUCAUCUUCUGUGCAGGUUUAUUUUAUAUAGUUUCUUUAAACAAAGCAAAUUUAGUUCUUCAGCAAAGUGAGUUACUUAGUUGGAUACGACACCAAUUUAUUAGAAUACGACAUCAAAAAAUUCUCGUGUCAAAUUAUGAAAUUAAAGUUGAAUUUGCUGAGGAGUAUUGCACAUCGGAUCAUUUCUCAGCGAGGUGUGGGAGCAUGACGGAGAUAGUGAUGAUAGAGAGGGCUCAGUACGGCAGGAUGAGUGCGGGUCGGUGCAUCACAGCAGAGUAUGCGCAGGCUCUAGGAUGUUUCUCCGAGGUGACGGCAUACCUGGAUGAGUUUUGUUCGGGGCGGAACAAUUGUUCGAUACUUGUGGCUAGUAUUGACUCCAUUGCCCAGCCAUCUUCUUACGUUACCGACUGUCACAACAAGAGUGAAACCCAUCUGAGCAGCACUAUCGGUUAUUUGGUCCUCGCGCACAACAUCAACAACAACAACAUCCACAACAACAACAUUAACAACAAGAACGAUAUCAUCAGUGAUGACAACAACAACCCCAAUGACAUCCCCACCACAUUUUCUGCAGGAACAUUCAUCGAAGUCAGCGGCAAGCAUACAAAUGAUGGAAUAACGGGAAAAAAUUACAUGUUAUCAGCUGCAAUAUCCGAGUGUCCAUGGGUCGUGGAGGUCGAUCCAGCUGAAAUGAAAAAUUUAAUUAAUGGAAUAAUGCAGAUAAUGAAAGCCUCAGUAAUGAAGAAAUUAUCACUAGCACAUGGCUUCAGUAGGGCGGAUCAAAAGGUCGUCAGCCUAAUUUUGAACUCAUAUUGGCUUGCAGUAAAAAUUGGAACAAUUUCAAAGUUUUGGACAUUCCCGUCCCGUCAAAGUUGUCUAGAUCCGCCACUGCAUGGCAUCAUAUUUGCACGUGAAAGAUUGAACAUAACAUGGCAAACAUCACUUGCAUCAUCUCCUGCAUAUUCCUUCAAUGAUGAUGAUUCAUUCUCUGCCGAUGAUUCCAGUGAAGACGAUGAUGACAACGAUGAAAAUGAUGCAGACGACGACAUUGAGGAUGAUGUAGAUGGAAAAGAAUUAAACGCAAGACAUGCCUUGUCCAACACCACAAAGAACGUAGAAAUUCAUUCUGACUCUUUCAGCCAGCCACCACAAGCCACUGCAAAUGCUCCACAAGACCUAUUCAAUUAUUCGCAACAAUCAACUGCUUGUCCAAUUGUUAUAAUGUUUAUUGAAAUGGACAAAGUUGAAUUGAAACACACCGUCUGCAAGCACUCACGAAAUUUAAAACGUUCACUGAAACCAUUGGUCCUGCGAUAUGAAGUGGUGGUUCUAGACAAUUUUGACGGGGGUCCAAAAAUAGGAAAAUGUUUAAUUAAUUUUUACGGGGUGGGGGGCAAAAUUUUCACGGGAGAUCAAGAUUUGUGGUAG